UGAUGCUGUUAUGUAAAAACACGCUGAAGUGAGCCGUAGUUUGCAGAGAGCUUGUCGAAUGUUUAGCACGCCUAAUUUCCUCUCCUAAAGCAGGAUUGUGGGUUUGAAGUGAAUCGUCUGGUAAUUUUUACGCGUAGCGCACAAGGCAGUGCAGUUUGGAGUGGAGAGAGGAAGAGGAAAAGGCUUCAGCGGAUCAACUCAACAUGAGUCGCCCUACACUCUGUUUUCCUCCUUCACUUGCGGGAAGCGUACACCUGACGCAUCUCUCUCUCGCCCUGUGGAAGUGAUCUUCCUUAUUCAAACUGAGUUGUUUUCAAGACAGCAAAGCGGUAAGACACAGCAACUCUUAUCGCUUCUCGGGCCAAACUGAAAGUGUCAGGCAGGACAGGAUCGAGCUCCGGGUUGGAGCGAUGUCUCAGCGAUAGACAGAUGAACAGAUCCUUCAGUUUCGAGAGUGUAUGGACCCAGGUGAUGAUCCAUGAUGAUGCUCGCUGCAGGCUCUCUUUGAGCUAAAACCCUCCAUCGUAGGACUUGUGAAUGAAGAGGAAGUGGCUGCUCUGCCCCUGGACGCUGAGACCAUGGUGAAAGCUCAGCGGAGCCAGGCUGUGAGAUGCGGAAAGCCUCAGCAAGAGAAGGAAAGCCAGGACAAAGGUGUCGGCUUGAAGAAAGGGAAAGAGAGAAAGAAUGAGUUGAGCGAUAGAAAAAAGAAGUGUAAGAAAGAGCCACAUCGACAUAGGAAGAAGACACUGGCAGCAGGUGACAGGGAUGCACUGGACUGCUGCGUUUUGCUCACCCGUCUGGAGGAGAAAGGAGUCGUGGGUAAAGUAAAGGAUGCACCAAAAGAUGGAAAACAUAAGAGGGUAAAAGUGAAGAAGAAGCUGCACUCCAGCUCCAGUCAAAGAAAGAUUAAAUCUGGACUUAAGAAAACUUCCACAGACUUUCAGCAAGCACUGGAGCCAAAAAUUGAACAAUCUGACGCCUUACUCAUGUUUCCCACACCCUUCUUCGAGCCUCGCAGGCGGAGAAUGGCGUCUCUCAAUGCGGAGGCUGUCAACAGCUUGCUGCUAUACAGGAAAGAUUCUGUUGCAUCAAAUCUCACAAAGAAACGACAGCCCUCUAAUGAACAUAAAGCUAAAGAUAGUCUUGCUAAAACCGAACAUAAAGGUCUUAAAACCAAAAAGGUUUCCCCAGGAGGGAAAGCAGACCCUAAAGAAAGACCUAAAAAACAGAGGCGGUCAGCGGUGGAGGCUCAGAACAUCGACUGGUUGGCUUUGUUUGCGCCAACGCCUCCGCGUCAGGCGGGACUCACUGCUGCAACACUGCUCAGACUCACCAGUGCCCAGUAUGGAACCAAACGGCAGAAGAAAACCAAGCCAGGGAGUGGGAGCGAAUCAGCAGCUAAGACUCAGGAGGCUAUUAGCGGUAAACCAGUGUGUGCCGAAACAACACUGACCAAAAGAACAACAAAUCCCAAACAUGAUGACCAACUAAAGCACAUAAAACAGGGUACAGAGGAUCUGGUGCAUUCCCAGCUAGACUCGCAGGGCUGCUGCAGUUUGUGUAAAAUCAAGGAUCCAGAGUGGAAGGGCAGCACAGGAGGACGGGAGUGUCUUAAACAUGAGCUCCAACGUGGCUCUUCUCUGGGAUUCUCUGUGAAAACAAUCAAAGAGGAGCAGGUGGAAUCUGGGGUGUCUUCAUGCUACUGCUGCUCCCAGGAGAGGUGUGUGGAGUACUGCCACCGACUGGCCCUCUUCCUUGACGACAAGACCUUCAAGGAACCAGAGGACGGUUCACUAUCAGAGGUGUUCCACCACCACCAUCACCACCACCAUCAUCACCACCACCAUCUCCAGUCUCCGCACACUGUAAACCACCCAGCAGCCAUAACCAUUAGCCCGCACACGUACUCCUGCUUCCCAGGUUACUACGUCCACUUCAGCCACCCGGACUCCUCACAGUCUCCCAUACCAACCCUGGCUUUGUGCAGCAAGAGCAGCAAGAGGCCCAAACUCCUCCCCAGCACGGAUCCACAGCCCUCAGGGAUUACCCAUCCAGUGUACUGCUGCUCCUCAGUGGAUGCGUGCUAUGGAGAACCCUGCAGGCUCAACGGUUACUCCGCCUACACCAGUGUGAUUCCAGCCAUUGCCAGAGGAGGGUGCUCCUUCAGCCCCGCAGACUGCACCAAAUGUAACAACGGCAUCAAAAGAGACGACUACCCGUCUACCCUCAACGACCAUCACAGUCCCUCCUCCAUCCCCAUCUGUCCCAGCCCCAGAAACCUCACUGGCUGCCCCUUUCCAACUGUGCCUGCGGCCGGCCAAUCAGUGCCCCACGUUCAGACUCCGCUGUCCGACCCCAGCCAACCACAGCCUCCGCCGAAGGUGGCGAAGGAGAGUCCGCAGAGCGCCAAGUCGCCCAGCGGGUCGAGGUCUGGCGCACGCGGCAGUGGUGGCAUCAGCUCGGCUGUCUGCCUCGUCAACAGGGACAAGAAGCAGAAACUACGCGCUGCCAGUGUUGGAGGGCGAGCGGUUGCCAGGCAGCCGAAAAACGGCCGCCAAAAAUCCAACAACGGCUGGCAGCCGGUUGGCCUGCCCUUUCAGAGGGAGGUUUUCUCUGUGGGAGAGGAGGCGCUCGUGCUGAGGAAGUGCUUCGAGGGAGUCCAGAGGGACGGGGAGCUCAUUCGGGUCAGAGACACUGUUCUGCUGAAAUCUGGACCUAGAAAGAAGUCUCUGCCUUUUGUGGCCAAGAUCUCAGCUCUGUGGGAAGAGCCAGAGUCAGGAGAGCUGAUGAUGAGUUUGUUUUGGUACUACCGUCCAGAACACACACAGGGGGGACGCAACCCGAGUGUUAAUUGUGAGAAUGAGAUCUUUGCGUCUCGUCACCAGGAUGUUAACAGUGUGGCCUGUAUUGAAGACAAAUGCUAUGUCCUUACAUUGGCCCAGUAUUGUCGAUUUUGUGCCUUGGUAAAACGCCAUAGGGAGGGCGUGCACGACUGUGUCUCCUCCCUGGUGGUGCCACCCGUUGUCGGCAACACCAUGCCCACCCACCACUGUGUGCCAGAUGACGUCGACCCAGAGCUGGUGUUUUUCUGUCGACAUGUCUAUGACUUCCGCUAUGGACGUCUACUCAAGAACCUGCAGUAGCAUCUGAUGGGUCAUGACACAUAACGCUAUGGGACGUGAGAUAAUGUUCUGCAUCCUCCACAAGAUAGAUUUGCUACUCACCUACCUGCUGCCUGUGUGACGGGAACUGGAAGUUUAGGGAAGAAGGAUUGAGACAUGAGCUUUUUUUUUUCUUAAAUAACAUGUCACACAUUUAUUUAGUAAGAGUAAUGGCUUGACAUAUUGUAUAAGAGUUUAUAUGGCAGUGUAAUGGUAUUUCUUUUACAUGACUUGGUGGUGUCGUAGCAGCUGUGUGAAAAACCUGGAGCGUACUCUGCUGUAGAAAAUGCUACUGACGCUCUUAGAAAUGUGACAUUUCAUAGUCAUCAAGAGAGGUUGAUGUUAAAUAUGAAUUAUUGUUACUGUCCGCCUGACAGAUAUCAGACAAUUGUUUCUGGAUGAUACGCCAUAUCUAAAGAAAAUUUGAAGUAUAUCAAUAUUGAGUUGCAUAAGUCCUUUAGAAGUAGGAAAGAGGUUACAGUUUUCAUUUGAUUUCUCCUCACUGCAUACAGACGCCUUACAGGAAAGCUCCCAAGUGAGCAUCUGUCAUCAAAGGGUUUUUAAGGAAACGUUUUGGGAAAUAUUCUUUAUAUAACUAUAUAUAUAUAUAUAUAUAUAUAUAUAUAUAUAUAUAUAACUAUAUAUAUAUAUAUAUAUAUAAAACUUUCUUGCUGAAUGUUGGAUGAGAUCAAUGCCACUCUUGUGUCAGUAUGGUAAAAAUAACCAUACUGCCAGCACCAGUUAGCUUUGCAUAAAGACUGCAAAUGGGCCUUUGAACAGAGCCUGGCUAGCUGUUUAUCCCUGUUUCCAGUGCUAAGCUAAGCUAACUGGCUGCAGCAUCCAGACAUACUGUAUCUACCGGACAAAUAUUGACAUCAAUAAUAUCUCUAGCUAGCUUGAUCAAUUUUACAGUUAUUUUAUUUAAAGUGAUAAUCUCAAAGAUUAUCAUGUCACUAUUGCCUAAUAAGGUAACACAAUUGUGGUUGACUAUGCUUCCCACUGAUGAAAGCCCUAGCAUUUGCAUUGUUAUAAAUUGAGUGUCCUUGGCGACAUCCCCUGUAAAAACCAUGAGUGGCUAUUUUCAAGAAGUAAUACCCCAAAUAACACACCCAUGAUUAACGCUUAUCGCCACCCUAGGUACCAAAAUGGAGAUCUUUGAGAUUGUUAUUGGACAUUUAAUGGUGAUUGACCUGUUGGUCUAGUGAACUUUUCACCACAGCAGAUUUUGUUUUUGAUCAGAAAGUUUCAAUUACUCAAAUUUAACUUUAUUACCACUGACUAAGUGCAAACACAACAACAAUGUGGGCGUUUUUUGUCUCCACUUCUCAUGAUUUUCUGAGCAAAAUAUGGGUUUUAUGUCAUAUCUGUAACCCUGCAAUUCACCAGAGUGGUGGUUAUCACAAUACAGUUCAGACCUGCACUCUACGAGGAAAGCACACUUCAGUUUGCUUGACGGCGUCCAAUGAGCCAAGCAUUUAGGGGAUUUUUGUUAUGCCAAUGCUGAGAAAUAUUUGACUUUCUCAAAGCUGCUUGCCAGAGGUGUGACAUGACUCCAGUGUCAGCUAACUGUAUAUUUGCAUUUAUAUAUCUGGAUGAGUGUGUGUUCGUGGCAGAUGGCAUCAGUUAGUCACUUAUAUUCUUGUUUCUUCACCGAUGACAUGGUGAGUAAUGUAUUCAGUGUAGCAUUUAGACCUGUGAUUAUGAUCCAUUCCUAUGUUUGAGAGAAAAAUGUGUAUUUAUUUCUGUACUGAGAAAAUAUAAUUUAUUUUCAAAAGAUAAUUUUAAAGAAUAGACUUUUAGAUGAGUGGCUUUCAUUCCUGAUUAGAGAGAAGGUCUCUCCUUCUUAGCUGCACUUUCUAAGAUAAAGAAGUGUGUGAGUUAUUUUGUUGAAGUAUUUCCGUGACUGAUUGAGCUUGCUUGCCCAAUACAAGCCUAUUAAAUGUUGUGGUCAGACGUUGAAAUCCUCUGAGGACACAUUUAGAAGGAUCUUGGAUACAGUUUGAAGGACACCUGCUAAUAUGUGACUACAGAUGCUUCACUGGCAGGACCAAAACCUAACUUGGCCUCUCCCAGCUCCCUGUCGUUCAACUGUCACUCCUCCUCAGAUGAUAAAGCUUCGCCUCUUCACCUUUAAAUGCCGAAUGCUACAAUGAUUUAAACCUACCUUGCCAUUAGCCUGUGCCCUUGAUCUUGCUGCCUUAUAGAACAUUCCCAGCCUUUCAUUUAGAAAUGUGUACUGAUGUCGGCCUAGGGGUCAUGAAGCUACUUGGUGUGCUGAUCCUGAUUCCUUAAUGCUGCAGAUGCAUCUUAGUACUACCACAUUUUUGUGAUCUGAUGUGAUCCGAAAGGCACGGACACUUUUUUUUUGAAUAAAGUCAUCCCAAGUUUUUAUUUAUAUUCAAAGUGAUCUGUUAAAGGAGCAGUUCAUUACUUUUGGGAAUACUCAUUUACUUUUCUUAGUUAAAUGAGAAGCUCAAUACCACUGCCAUAGCUGUCUGCUAAGUAUGAAGCUGCAGCCAGCACUCAAUUAGCCUAGCUCAGCAUUAAGACUGCAGGUGAAGACAGCUUGUAAACCUCAUGUCUGUAAAAAUUAAAUCUUUAUUCUAAGCUAAACUAACUGUCUGUUGGCUGUAGCGUUGUUGCGUACAGACAUGAUUGUGGUUUUGAUUUUCUCAACAAAAUGAACUAUGUUUAUUUCCCAAAUUACUGAAUUAGCAGUUUUGUUUUUCUUGAAGAACAGCAGCUUUGGUCACUUUAAUUUCAUCAGCUGCAAAUUAAUUCGUAACAAGUUUUCUUGCUGAAAUGAAAUUAUCAAAAUGCUCACAGAAACUUUUAUAAUCCACUUCCCCAUCAUAAUCCACCUCACAGCUGUCCUUCUGUUAGCCCAUUAUGUUUCAAACAAAAGACAUAACUUCCUGCCAGAGCUCCAAGCACUGAGGAAAUGGAUUAUGCUGCAGAAGUGUUUGAGACGUUUUAAGUCUCUGAUUUGAAGCUGGUCGGCAUUUGAAUCCUUUGUAUGACUUGGGUGGAGUAUCACUUGAAAAUGCCCACACCCUUGCCUACUUCUGCUUUUCUCCCUGCUGUUAAAUGUGAUGACGAAAUUACUUUGGUGUGUUAAUUUACAAAACUGAAUUUAUUGAUAAAUGGAUUAAUAUUUGACUUUCAAAGAAGCCUCCUCUGAUUAAUAUGUUAAUAUUAGUUAAUUCAUUAGGCUGUAAUGGAAAGUAUACUUACUGCCAUUUCAAUCAAACCAAAGGUUAUUGGUCUUUACCAAAGACCACCACCACCUUUUCUCAACUGAGACAUUGUAUUGAACUUUGAAGGAUGCUGGAUGCACAGUAUCACAGCCCAGCCAGCACAAUCCAACAAAGCAGAACUGAGUAUAGCCUGCUACAUUUGGUUUAAUUUGGUUUUUCAAUUAGAAUUCCCCCUGGGCGUUCUGGAUCAGAGUGUGCAACCACACACACGGUACACAUUAUGGCCUUAGGAAUCACUCAGCAAACAAAUUAUGUUUAAUCAAGUUUUGUGAAAUGUAUGUCUUAAUUGGUCCUCUGUGCCUGUUCCCAUUAACCUGUAUUUACUCUGUUUUCCAGGAUGAGAAGUACUAGUUGUUGUUUUUUACCUACCUUCCAAAUGCCUUUCAUUUUUGCAAAAUGACACUGGUCUGAUCUUGAAUCACCACAAAGAAAUGUUUGCACCAAAAAGAGAGAGAGAAGGGAAGGUACCGAAACUAAUUUAAGGAAUUUUAGUUUAAUUCCCAGUUGUACAAAAAAACCCUACACUUUGGGUCUUCUGAUGUGAGUUUCUGUUCAAAUUCUUUGCAUGGCGUUCUUUUGAAAUAUCUUGGAAAUAUUAAUCACAGCACAGAUUAUUUGUAUGGUUUCAAAUGGACCUCUGUAAUAUAAGAAAAAUAUUUAAUUGUAAUAAAUAAUAUAUGAGUUUGAA